UCCUAGUCCAAGCAUACACAAAACGCAGGAUAAGUGUUAUCCAACUUAGACCAAGCCAAGCCAAGCCAAGACAGUCCCUAAGCAUAGUCCAUGCCAAGACAGUCCUGUGUACCAAACGAGCCCUAAAAGUUUUCCCUUUUUGCCGCUGCACCCUCCCGCUCUGCAAUCUCCGCUUCUGGGCUUUGACUUUCUUGCACUCUCUACCCUUCCGCUUUCAUUUCAUGCUCGAUUUCUUCUGUUCAGUUCAUUCUCAGCCAAAUAGACAUCUGUAGACUAGUUCUGUCCAACUCUUAAACAGUUACAGCUCUGCCUCUUCUUCUGUGUCACUGUAAGUUGUGAGAGCCUUGAAUUUCAAAUCCAUCUAAGAUGUUGAAUUUGCUCUGAAGAAAUAGCAACAAGAUCUGCAUAUUUACUCUGCAUGAGGAGCCCUGCAUACAAACACAGCCGGCCAUUUUUCCUUAUCUCUUCGCUCGUAUUGUGAGAAUAAUUGUAUAUAUUUGAAGUUUUGCUAACCGGAAGAGGUGGUUGUGGUGGAUCGAGUCGGAUCGACGCAGAUCAAGCAAAAUCAAAUGGAAUUGGAUCGCAACCAAGCGUCGAAGCGGAUUUUAGGGUUGUCAGCGAUAGAGCGGAUUCUACUGGAGUAUUAUGAGAUUGAAUCCAAUCCCUCCGACGAUUUCAAGUGCGGCGUGCUCGAGCGGAACAUAUCCGAAUGGCAAUUUGCCGUCAGAGGUGCUAGUGGAACUGAAUUCGAGGGUGGGAUUUAUCAUGGGUUGGUCCUGUUUCAGAGGGAAUACCCAUUUAAGCCUCCUUCAGUCAUACCUUUGACGGAAAAUGGUCGCUUCAAAACCUGUACCAAGAUCUGGAUAAGGCGACUGAAUGAAUGGCAGCCAUCAUGGAGGGUGCGAGAUGUUUUCGUUGAUUUUAUUCAUUUAAUGCCCACCUACCCAGAUGGUGAAUUGGGUUCAUUAGAAUACAAUAAGGAAGAAAGGCGUGCCCUGGCCAUCAAAUCUCGUGCAGCAACGCCAAAAUAUGGCAAAUUUGCACGUCAGCAGGUAAUUGAGCAGAUUCAUGAAUAUAUGCUAAGCAAGUCACCACCUGUUCCUGUUCCGGAACUCCAAAUGACGAGAUACACUCCGUGUCAGAAAGAGGUGGUUGUGGAUCAAGUCAGAUCAAUGCAGAUGGAAUCGGAUUGGAAUGUGAUAGCGGAGGGCAGGUGCCCCAUAAAGAACGUAGGGGAGAAGCGGAUUCUAGAUGAGUAUAAUGAGAUUGAGAUUGAAUCCAAUCCCUCCUACGAUUUCACAUGCCGCAAGCUCGGGUGGAACAAAUAUGAAUGGCAAUUUGCAAUCAGAGACCCUAGUGGAACUGAAUUCGAGGGUUGGAUUUAUCAUGGGGCGGUCCAGUUUUCAGUGGGAUACCCAUCGAAGUCUCCUUCAAUCAUGUUUUUGACGGAAAAUAGUUGCUUCAAAAUCCAAAGAAUCAGCAUGUCAUAAAAAAAAAUCCAAAUCAGCAUGUCAUAAAAAAAAAUCCAAACCAGCAUCUGCUUAAGGCUAUUAUGGAACUGGCAGUCAUCAUGGAGUGUGCGAAAAACUUUACUUAUAUUUAUUGAGG